UUCGUGCAAAAUCUCGAUCUCCAAAUACAAAAGAGCUCCAAUGUAACAACGAAGAAGAACACCGGUUUUGAAAAAGAUUGCAUUGCAGUAUUGAUACGAUCAGAUCGCAAAUUUCUUCCCUACUGAAGUUUUCCCCUUUUAAAUGGAGCGGCUGUAGACCGUCACAAAGUUUACAUUGAGUGGAAGUCAUCAAUCUGGACGCUGUCAUGGCAGCGUUUCGCAAUAAUUUGGACAACAACAUCAACACAAUGGCAGGAAUGGGACAAAGGUUUAUGACCGAUCAGUUUUCCUGGAACUCUCAAUAUGGUUUAAAUAAUCUUGGUAGAAAAACAACAGGUGAAUUAUCGCCAGGUGCGAGAAAAAAUCUGAACAUGUCCGGGAUGUCGUCACAGCCACCACAACCUAACCAGCCACCUCACCCAUCACAGCCUUCUAAACCCAGGAAGGGUUUAUUUGGGGAGGAUGAUGACAGUGAGACAAGUAUGUAUUUCCCACAGACCUCCGGACUUCAGUCUUCCGUAUUUAGACCCGACAGAGAUGUAAUGAAUUCACAGUCACCUUCACAACUCUCGAGUGGAUUUGGAAACAACUUUUAUAAUCAAGGAGGUCUGAACAACUAUGCCCUACAACCGAGGGGCCCGGUGUCUGGUGUGACGGGGCCACAGUUUAGGGGCACAAGUCAGGGGCAUGUCACUCCCACCAGUAUGAACCCUAAUUUUCCAAUGAAUCUUCAACAGCCUCCUCAGCAACCCUCACCAAACAGGAAUGUGAUUUCUGCAAUCGGUGGACAAAGAAGUGUCAUGAAUCAAAACCAGGGCAGCCAGUCAUUAUCUAAUCUACAGAAACGAGCCCUGGGACAAUCUGGUCUCCCCAACUCAAGUACCCCCCUGUCAAGUAUCAACAAUAAUUACAACUUUGGACAAAGUAGUCGACAAAUUUUUGGCACUGAUGACUCCUCACAGCCUGGGCUAGACCUGUCUGAAUUUCCGACCCUAGGCAACAGAAACAACAUGCCCUCAAAUCCGAUUCCGGCUGCAAGAAAUUACGGUAAAUUGGGCAUGGUGAGUAAACCUGUAAUGGAUCAGACACCAGAGUUCCAGAUACAACAGGAGGACUUCCCAGCGUUACCCGGCGCCCAGAAUCCUCCAUCAAGUUCAGCCGGUGAAGGAGCCCGGAAAACACCAACAAGUGUAGCAACAGGCACAUAUGAGCAGGCUGUCAGUAAGGAUGGAAAGUUUCCAGGUGACAAGUCUAACAACGCCCAAUCAAAGCGGGGGAUACAGACACACCCAGAUGGUACAGUGUCAAAUAUACCCACCGGCAUGGUAACUGACCAGUUCGGCAUCGUAGGACUGUUAACUUUCAUCCGUGCAGCAGAAAACGACCCAAAUUUAGUGGCACUAGCACCUGGCAUCGACUUGACGACGUUGGGUUUAAAUCUCAACUCACCCGAAAACUUAUACAGUACAUUUCAGUCCCCCUGGGUAGACCUGCCCUGCAGACCACAAGAUAUAGAUUUCCAUGUGCCGGCAGAAUAUCUUACAAAUAUCUUCAUUCGUGACAAGCUUGCGCCUGUCAAGUUAAACAGAUACGGCGAGGAUCUACUGUUUUAUCUCUUCUACAUGAAUGGGGGAGAUGUUCUUCAGCUGGCUGCGGCAUUUGAAUUGUACACCCGGGACUGGCGCUACCAUAAGGAGGAAAGGGUCUGGAUAACACGGGCACCAGGUUUGGAGCCGAUUGUGAAGACUAACACAUAUGAGCGUGGUACAUAUUACUUCUUUGAAGCACAGGGCUGGCGGAAGGUGCCGAAAGAGUUCCAUCUUGAGUACGAUAAGCUUGAGGAACGCCCCACGUUACCCUCCACCUUGCACCAUAGUGCCAGUUAGCAGGGCACGGCUGACCGACGAGAGCCUCCCAUAUUUAACUCGGCCACGUGCAAUGGACAUGAGUGUGUGAUGGACGAACUUGUGAUGUGUGUGAGGGUAUACAAGUCGCAAUCUGGUUCACACUGGUUGAAGAAUAAACCCGACAGAUCCAUAUAUAUUGAGAGUUUAGCAGUGGUAGUAGGUAAAAUAAAUAAUUUCAAGCGAAUCUUACUAUGAACUGUGUUCAGGUGUUGCAGUAUAAAAACCCAGGUUUAGACAAAAUGACAUUGGCUAACAAAGUUAGUGCUGCAUUCCAAAAAAAGCUUAAAGGGAAUUUCAUAUAAUUCCUGUUACUUAUAAUAAUGGGUAAUUCAUUGUACAUUAGAACAUAUAAAAUGACUUUUAAAACUCUGCGUAGUAGGUUAAAUAGAGCAAUUAACACGUCUUAUAUUUCAUAGUGGAAUUUUGUGAACUUGCAGAGGUCCAAUAACGGAUGUUUCUUUUGUUCCAACGUUUUGAUUAAAAUAACCAUCAACUUUCAUACCCGUUUAUAAGUGCUAGUCAUAACAAUUUCAAAGAAAACAAGCAAUUGGUUUGAUAGUAUUUGAUUGUAUUUUGUUUCUGAAGAAAGAAGCUAAACAGUUAUGCAGUUGAAGGUUUUGGAUACUGAAUAGAUGGAAUUUAACCCAUUCACCCCUGAAGACACAUUUGAACUCCACCAAUUCAAAGGGUGGAAUAGGUCAUUAUGAAAUUUCAGGGGUGAAUUAGUUAAAUCAUGGACAAAACUUAACUUGUCUUGGCGCAAAGGGUUACUGAAAACUGUAAACAUGAAUUUAGAUCCACGGGGGUUUUAUCUAAAGGCACGUGUGGAACCAGACUGGACACAGACUUGUACUUUGUAAGUUUCUCUCUUAGGGAGAUCACUUGUAACAUUUUCAUCUGUAAAUAAACAUAAAUCGACAGUGA